CCCACCGGGCGCAGCUGAGUGCUGGGGGGCGCAGCCCUGCCAUGUCCCCGGGGAAGCCGGAGUCGGGCUAAGCGGCUGUACGCGCAGCGGGGAGAGCUCUUCAGGACCAUGAAGCAGCCAGGGCAGCUCUUCCUCCGCCUGCUGCUCCUGCUCUGCCUCGCCAAGAUCGAACCUGCAGCUGCCUGCUUUGAAGAUUGCAACUCAAUAAAUGUAAAUGCAACGACGACAGAAAUCAAUAUUGACACAAAAGAAAACUUAACAAUAAGCAAUGUAACUUUUGCAAAUGGAACACUGUUCCAGGAUUCACCACUGAACAAUUCAAUAAGAGGUCUUUCCCCUGGUGUACAAUACAUUAUCAACUUUCAAAAUGGUACAGAAUCAUGCUGCAAAAACAUUACAACAAAGCCCAGUCCAGUUUUUGACAUCGAGUCCACAAGUAUCGGCACAGAACAAGUGACCUUAACGUGGGAAAACAAUGACACUGCUGCUCCUAAUUACACAUAUGUGAUAUACAUUGAUGGGAAUGGAAUUUCUCCUACUCGGAACCAAACCUCCCAAAACAAAAGUGCUUUAAUUGUGGGAUUACAGCCUGGUACCCUUUAUAACUUCACAAUAGUUCCACUAGCAGCGGAUAACAUGACUAAAGGAGACUCAAAAGUCAUACGCAUCUAUACAAAGCCCAGUCCAGUUUUUGACAUAGAGCCCACAAAUAUCGGCACAGAACAAGUGACCUUAAUGUGGAAAAACAAUGACACUGCUGCUCCUCUUUACACAUAUGUGAUAUACACUGAUGGGAAUGGAAUUUCUCCUAUUCGGAGUCAAAUCUCCCAAAACAAAAGUGCUGUAAUUGUGGGAUUACAGCCUGGUACCCCUUAUAACUUCACAAUAGUUCCACUAGCAGCGGAUAAUACAACCACAGGAGACUCAAAAGUCCUACGCAUCUAUACAAAAAACAUCACUUCUCCAAACAAGUCUGCUACCAUUACAGGAUUGAAACCUGGUACCUUGCAUCUAUUUAUGGUCUUCUCACAAGUUGCAGGCACUGAAGGAGACUCCACCCCCACAAAGACCUAUACAAAGCCCAGUCCAGUUUUUGACAUCGAGCCCACAAGUAUCGGCACAGAUCAAGUGACCUUAACAUGGGGAAACAAUGACACUGCUGCUCCUCUUUACACAUAUGUAAUAUUCACUGAUGGGAAUGGAAUUUCUCCUACUCGGAACCAAACCUCCCAAAACAAAAGUGCUGUAAUUGUGGGAUUACAGCCUGGUACCUCUUAUAACUUCACAAUAGUUCCAGUAGCAGUGGAUAACACGACUACAGGAGACUCAGCAGUCAUACACAUCUGUACAAAUGCUGCACCAGUGUCUUCAUUUAACUGUAUACAAGUGACUAAAGAAGCUAAGUUAACACUAAAGUGGGAGCGCCCUGCUGGUGACAGUACUAACUUCACCAUUAAGACAUUCAGUGAUGUCUGGAGCAAUGAAACACUGGUUUUGGCUGGUAACCUAGAUACAACUGUAACAAAUUUAAAUUAUUCCACCUCCUACAAUGUUAGUAUUAUAACCCGUUCAUGUGGGAAAGAAAGCCUUCCAGUGCAAAAAACAUGUGUUACAAGUAUCACUGACCCACCUGCUCCAGUAGAAAAGCCUAAUAUUACGUCAAUCACUCACAACUCCUUUAAAAUUCAGUUCAGUGGGUUUGUGUCAAAAAAUGGACCGCUAAAGGCCUAUGCAAUAGUAAUCACAACAGAUAAAGAAGGCAAUAAACCUACAAAUAGCAUCUUGAACUAUACAUACAAUGACUUCAAGGAAAAGAAAACAAACACUUACAUAACAGAUGUCAUAAACGCUACGCAAAUGAGAGCCUUUUCCUCCCCUUCAGAGAGUUCACAAUAUGAAAUGGAAGUAGGAAAUACAGUCACAUCGGAUGGCUAUACCAAUGCACGGCUGGAACCACUUGGUUCAUACUGGGCGAGUGUUGCAGGUUUCACUAAAAUCGAAUUUAACAGUGAUAAACGUAUUGUUGAAGAAAGAAGCUAUGUAUCAUUUACACCUUAUUCUCAGGCAAUUAUAUUACCCCAGGAUCCAGGUGUCAUCACUGGAGCUGUUAUUGGAUGUAUUUUGGGUGCUGUGGCUAUAGCUACUGUAGUGGUAUUCGUUUUCUGGAGACGGAGAAGGAAAGAUGGAAAAAAUAGUGAGCUGCCCUUUUCUCCAAUUAGACCCAAGAAAUCCAAGUCAAUUAAAGUUGAAAACUUUGAGUCCUACUUUAAGAAACAGCAAGCUGACUCGAACUGUGGAUUUGCUGAAGAGUACGAAGAACUCAAGUCGGUGGGCAUUCAUCAGCCUAAAUUUGCAGCUGAACUUACUGAGAACAGAGGGAAAAAUAGGUACAAUAAUGUCUUGCCGUCUUCGGAUUGGGACCAGUAUGUCUUCCUAAACCAGUGUGUUUUGGACAUUAUUAAAUCCCAAAGAAACAAAAAAUCAGACCUUAUCUACCAAAACACAACAGCAAUGGCAAUCUAUGAAAAUUUUGCACCAACACCAGGUUUUGAGAAGGCAAAUGGCUACCAUGCAUAACCAGAGAGCGAAGAAAUGUCACUAGGAGGCCAUUACUGUCCUGCACACAGGAAAACGAAAUGCACUGUUAUUGUACAUGUGUGUGUGUACAGUGUCUUUUAUUAUUUUUUCAGUCUUGUAUAUCAAAUUUGAAGAUGCCCGUGUAAAAUUGUCAUUUGGAGUUGUGGGUUAGUAUAAAAAGAAGCUGUAAGUUAACAGAGGAAAUUGCUUUAUCUUGGGAACUUCACAAUACUAGUAGGCGAAACAACAUUUGCAGUACAAACAGUGAAGUAGAUGAUAAAUAUUAAAAAUAACAAAUUACAAAGGCUCUUUUUUAAUUACAAUUUUGUAUGAUUUCAUAUACAGAUACCUGGCUUGUGGGCUCUGGAAUAUAUUUUAUAAAAGUCAGGAACAUAUUUUAUCUACUGUACCUGGUUACUUAGUUGAUGGAUAUAUGCUUCAUUGUGAUUUGUCCUUAGUGUUCCGUUUGAUUUAUAAGAAGGAGUACAAAUGUCUCCUACAAAUGGAUGUUGAUAUUUGGAAAUUGUGCCUUUUCUGGUUAUUACUCUGUAGACAAAAAUAAUCAGAGCCCUAUAUUUUUGUACUGAGACUUCUAAUUAGAAUAUAGAUUUUAACUGUAGUAACAUUGCUGGCGAGACGCUCCUAGAUUUUGGUAGUGAUCUUCCCCUUUUUGUAUUCCAUCACAACCUUCAGAGGCCUUAUAUCACAGUGCCUCAGUCUAGAGGAAAAGGAGGGUAAGGGUUGUGUGUCAUUCUGAGCUUUAGUGUGUGUGUGUGUGUGUGUGUGUGUGUGUGUGUGAGAGAGAGAGAGAGAGAGAGAGAGAGAGAGAGAGAGAGAGCUGGGAGAGGGGAAGCAACUCCUCCCAUUUCUGGCUGAUAUUUCUGUUUUAUAGAGUUUAUAAGGAUUUAUUUAAAGGUGCAAUAUGUGAUUUAUUGAAUAAUGAUUGCUCUACUUAAAGAGAGCUUUACUCAGGUUGUCUCUUUUUUAAUUAUUGUUUUUUUUUCUUAAAUAUAUAAAUCUGUGAAAAUUUCAGACUGAGAAUUCACAUGUCAAAGUGCUCCCAAACAGGUUCACUGGCUUUAUUCAAUUUAGCAAAAGUAAAUGCACAAAUAUCUACUGUAUAUAUCAAUUACUAGAAUCUGUUGUUUUAGCCUGUCAAAACUGAGAUGUGUUUUAUCUUGGUGCAUCUCAAAAAUAUAAUUUAACUGUUUUAUAAUUGUUUCCAAUAUGCUGCUGCUGCUAUUUUAACUGAUCCUUUUUAAAAAAUCUAGAUAUUAAUAUUACAUGUCAAGGGCUAAUUUGGAUUUAUUUUGCUGGUACAUUAAUGUUAAACGUAUGAAGGCAUUACCAAUGAAGGACUUAUUUGUUAUUUUUAAGGGGUACUGGGUGUUUUUUUCUUCUUUGGAUCAGUGCACUGGUUGCAUUGCAAAGUAAGAAGUUCAGGAACAUCCAUAAAAUAGCUGUUAAAGUCUUAUGAAGGUUUAGUAGCCAGCGUACCUGGGAUUCUGCAGCAUUUGAAAGCCAGUUUGUAUGACAAAGAUGACAAAAACUGCUGCAAAUUUUGGAAAUGAUUGUGGCACUACAAUGGGUAGCUGGCUGCCCUGUAGAAUCCACUGUUGAAUGAAAAAUCCCAGGCAUCCUGGCCUUUAUAGUCCCACAUCUGUGAACUUAAGUACUGGCAACAGUAAUUCUUAUUUGGUAAUGGAAGUGUGUCAUUUAAGCAAAACUGGAGGGAUACCCCCACCACGGUUUGACCAGGACUCAUAACAGCCAUUUGUUGUGUUUAUUUUAUUUUUUCUUCUUCUUAUCUGAAAUAUUUAAAAUCUAUCAAACCAUCCCACCAGACUCCUUCUCAAAUGGAAAUUGCAAUCGUGAUUUUUUUUACCCUGCAUCCUUUCUAAGGUGCCAUUAGAUCUUAACGAAAUGCAAAUGCAACAACUUCUUCACUUAGCUUGGCAGCACAGAUCAAACCAAAAAAAUCCCUAAGGCUUCACUAGAGAGAAGGGCCUGCCCCUCUACAUUGUUGGGGGAGGGGAUGUUUGUUUUUCAUUUAAAUACUACUACUCUCUGUGGUAGUGCAGUCUUAAGGUACCAUGGAAAUGCAUGGCUGGUCAGAAAUCGUUAUUUCUGGGACAGCCCAGAAGGUCUUUGAGUCCAAGAAUACUGCACUUGGUUUAAAAAGUGCCUAUCUUGUGUAGCAGAGAAGAGCAGUGAAUGCAUUGUCUCUCAUAGUGUUUGUGCUGUGGAUUCUGCACCUGCUUUAUAUAGUGGAUGCAUCUGCAUUAUAUAGCAGCAGAGCCUCAGAAAACUAGCUAUAACUGUGACUAUCUAUUUCGGUCUAAACACCUAUGAUAGAUUGUUGCAGUAGCAGGUGAUUAAAAGUGGGAUCCUAGAUACAAUUUGUUUCCAUCAGGAAAACAAUAGAAUAAAUAUUUGUCAAGAGAUUCCUGAGAAGUAAAUAAAAACUCUAUCCAAUCAAAUCCUUUUAUGGAUUCCAGGUUCCCAAGACAUAUAUCUGCUAAAUCAGGAGAGAGUCUGAUUUCCCCACUUAUGAAUUAAAUGUGAGAAGAACACAAUAGAUGAGAUUACAGGGCCAAUCCUGCCUGACUAAAACAGUCACUGUUCCCAGUCAAGUCUAUUACCCAGAGAGGCCAAAAAGAAUUUUCCAAGCUCAGUGGUUUGAACAUUGGCCUGCUAAACCUAGAGUUAUGAGUUCAAUCCUUGAGGGGGCUAUUUAGGGAA